UUCUUGUUGAAUCUGAUGCAUGUAUUUUAAUAAUUUCAGAGGUCGCAGCAGUGGCAAAGGCCCACCUCAGCCUACAAUUUCUUUUGAUGGCAUCUAUGCAAACAUGAGAAUGGUUCACAUACUUACGUCAGUUGUUGGCUCCAAAUGUGAAGUACAAGUGAAAAACGGAGGUAUAUAUGAAGGAGUUUUUAAAACUUACAGUCCUAAGUGUGAUUUGGUGCUUGAUGCUGCUCAUCGGAAAACUGCCGAAUCCAGUUUGGGGCCAAAACGCGAAGACAUAGUAGAGAGUAUCUUGUUCAAGCCUUCAGACUUUGUUAUGGUGCAGUUUAAGGAUAUGGAUACCAAUUACGCAAGAAGAGAUGCUUUUACUGAUUCAGCAAUUAGUGCUAAAGUAAAUGGUGAACACAAAGAGAAGGACCUAGAACCAUGGGAUGGUGGAGAGACGACCACCAGUGAGGAGCUGGAGGCUUUAGACACAGAUGUUUCUAAUGGAUGGGAUCCCAAUGACAUGUUUCGUUACAAUGAAGAAAAUUAUGGUGUAGUGUCUACUUAUGACAGCAGUUUAUCUUCUUAUACGGUGCCCUUAGAGAGGGAUAAUUCAGAAGAGUUUUUAAAACGGGAAGCAAGAGCAACUCAGCUUGCAGAAGAAAUUGAAUCAAGUGCCCAGUACAAAGCUCGGCUUGCCUUGGAAAAUGAUGACCGGACAGAAGAAGAAAAAUAUACUGCUGUCCAGAGAAACUCCAGUGAGCGAGAAGGACAUGGUGUGAACACUAGGGAAAACAAGUACAUUCCUCCUGGACAACGAAAUAGAGAUGUCCUGUCCUGGGGAAGUGGAAGGCAGAAUUCGCCCAGGAUGGGCCAGGCUGGCUCGGGGCCCCCCAUUUCGAGAUCUGGAUCCCAUACUUCAGACUUCAGUCCAAACUCUGGAGCAGAUCAAAGAGUAGUGAAUGGAGGUGUUCCCUGGCCAUCGCCUUGCCCAUCUCCUUCCUCUCGCCCACCUUCUCGCUACCAGUCAGGUCCCAACUCUCUUCCACCUCGGGCAGCCACCCCUACAAGGCCGCCCUCCAGGCCCCCCUCGCGGCCAUCCAGGCCCCCGUCUCACCCCUCUGCUCAUGGUUCUCCAGCUCCUGUCUCUACUAUGCCUAAACGCAUGUCUUCAGAAGGGCCACCACGGAUGUCUCCAAAGGCACAACGGCACCCUCGAGGUCACAGAGUCUCUACUGGUAGGGGUACAAUUUCAAGUGGCUUAGAAUUUGUAUCUCAUAAUGCACCAGGGGAAGCAUCUACUGCUACAGUGGCACGAGGCGGCCCUUCAGGUGGGACGUGGUCAUCAGUGGUCAGUGGGGUUCCCAGAUUAUCCCCCAAGACCCACAGGCCCAGGUCACCAAGGCAGAGCAGCGGUUCCACCAGUGCAGCUUUGUCCUCUCCUCAAGCUGGAACUACUCCCACUGAAUCAGUUGCGAUGCCAGUUCCAGCAGCCUCUCCCACACCUGCUAGCCCUGCGUCCAACAGAGCAGUCACCCCAUCCAGUGAAGCUAAAGAUACCAGACUUCAGGACCAGAGGCAAAAUACUGCAGCAGGAAACAAGGAAAAUACUAAGCCAAGUGAGACUUCACCUAGCUUUCCUAAACCUGAGAACAAAGGUGUAUCUCCAGUUGUUUCAGAACACAGAAAACAGAUUGAUGACUUAAAGAAAUUUAAGAAUGACUUUAGGUUACAGCCAAGUUCCACACCAGACACAGUGGAUCAGCUGCUAAAUAAAAACCGAGAAAAUGAGAAAUCAAGAGAGACAAUGAAAGAGAAAACAGAAUCAACUUCUAAAGAAUCUGUUGUUGAAACCAGCAGUAAUGCCAACUCUAACAGUGGCAGUAGCAAGCCGAAUAGUCCCAGUAUUUCUCCAUCAAUUAGUAGUAGCUCUGAGCAGAAGCGAGGGCCAGAAGUAACCUCCCAAGGUGUACAAACAUCUGGACCAGGCAGUAAACAAGAGAAGGAGGAUAAAGAGGAGAAAAAAGAUACCGCUGAGCAAGUUAGAAAAUCUACACUUAAUCCAAAUGCAAAGGAGUUCAACCCUCGAUCUUUUGCUCAGCCAAAGCCCUCUACGACACCCACCUCGCCUCGUCCACAGGCUCAGCCCAGCCCUUCUAUGGUGGGUCAUCAACAGCCGACUCCAGUGUAUACUCAACCUGUCUGUUUUGCACCAAAUAUGAUGUACCCAGUUCCAGUGAGUCCGGGCGUGCAGCCUUUGUAUCCUAUUCCCAUGACACCCAUGCCAGUGAACCAAGCCAAGACAUAUAGAGCAGGUAAAGUACCAAAUAUGCCACAACAGCGGCAAGACCAGCAUCAUCAGAGCACCAUGAUGCAUCCCGCAUCAGCAGCCGGCCCUCCGAUUGUUGCGACACCACCAGCUUAUUCAACUCAGUAUGUUGCCUAUAGCCCCCAGCAGUUCCCUAAUCAGCCUCUUGUGCAGCAUGUGCCACACUACCAGUCUCAGCAUCCUCAUGUCUAUAGCCCUGUAAUACAGGGCAAUGCUAGAAUGAUGGCCCCGCCGACCCAUGCACAGCCCGGUUUAGUAUCUUCUUCAGCAACACAGUAUGGUGCGCAUGAGCAGACGCAUGCUAUGUAUGCAUGUCCCAAAAUACCAUACAGCAAGGAGACAGGCCCUUCUUUCUACUUUGCCAUUUCCACUGGCUCCCUUGCUCAGCAAUAUGCCCAUCCCAAUGCUACGCUGCAUCCGCAUCCUUCUCACCCGCAGCCAUCUGCCACGCCAACAGGCCAGCAGCAAAGCCAACAUGCCGGAAGCCACCCUGCUCCCAGCCCAGUGCAGCACCAUCAGCACCAGGCCGCGCAGGCCCUCCACCUGGCCAACCCGCAGCAGCAGUCGGCCAUUUACCACGCGGGGCUCGCCCCGACCCCGCCUGCUAUGACGCCAGGCUCCAACACACAGUCUCCGCAGAACAGCUUUCCUACAGCACAACAGACCGUCUUCACCAUCCAUCCUUCCCAUGUUCAGCCUGCCUAUACCAAUCCGCCACACAUGGCCCACGUACCCCAGGCUCAUGUACAGUCAGGAAUGCUUCCUUCUCACCCAACUGCCCAUGCUCCAAUGAUGCUAAUGACGACACAGCCACCUGGUGGUCCCCAAGCCGCCAUCGCUCAAAGUGCACUACAGCCCAUUCCAGUCUCGACAACAACACAUUUCCCCUAUAUGACGCACCCUUCAGUACAAGCCCACCACCAACAACAGUUGUAAGGCUGAUCUGGAGUAACUGAAAGGCUGGAUACCUUUUGUAGGCCAAAACCCUCCUUCUACUGCUUCUGCCAACUGGAAGCACAGAAAAACUAGAAUUUCAUUUAUUUUGUUUAAAAAAAAAAAAAAAAAAUUGAUUUCUUGUAACAUUCAGUAGGAAUGCUAACAGUUCAUCUUGCAGUGGGAGAGAUGUGGACUGAGUAGAGGCAUGUAGGAACUUGUGGGCUAUUCCAUAAUUCCAUGCACUGUAUCAGAGUCCUGCAAGUGCCCCAGCUCUGCUUGCUGAAAACUGGAAGUUAUUUAUUUUUUAACGACCCUUCAAAGUUCUGAACUCAUCAGCUAGCAAAGGAAGUAACAAGAGUGAUUCUUGCUGCUAUUAUCACUAAAAAUCAAGACUCGGAGAUCCCUUUUACUUCUAACUAAACUUGAAACCGUUCAGUAAAAAAAUUCUAAUCAUCAAACUGAUGGAUUAUUAUUUAUAAAUCACGUUUGAUGAGGUGAUCACUAUCUCAAGACAGUGAUGUAACUUUUAAGUUAAAAAAAAAAAAGACAAACCUUUGUAGAUAAUAUAAAAUAAAAACUUUAAAAAAAAAUUAAAAAAUA